UCACAAAUCACCAAAAAUUAAUAUCUCUUAUCAAUGUGUCACUUAAAUUUGCUAUAAAAGGGCUGAACUACCCCAGUCAACCCAGAAAAAGAAAUUUAGCAAGACACUACCGAGCAAAAGUAUUUUGUGUAGAGUAUCACUGGAAGAGACGACAAUGUUGAUGAGCUUGUAUUUCACCCUGGCGUUCGCACUUAACGCCUUACCAAGUGUAUUUGGCCAUGGUCGCUUGAUUGAGCCUCCAUCCCGAUCUAGUCUGUGGAGAUUUGAAGAAUUCGUUGACUUAGUGACACCAAACUACAACGACAACGAGCUUUUUUGUGGAGGAGUUUUCAGACAAUAUCAGCGCAACGGCGGCAAAUGUGGCGUGUGCGGGGAUCCGUGGGACGAACCAUCACCGAGGGCUAACGAAAACGGCGGGAUUUAUGACUUUGGAAUCACAUCACGUUACUACAAAAAGGGGCAAGUUUUCACCACAGAGGUCGACUUGACUGCCAAUCACAAGGGGUGGUUUGAAUUCCGCAUUUGUCCCAAUGACGACCCUUCUGUCCAGGUUACGCACGAGUGUCUCGAUCAGCAUCUUCUCCAACUUGCCGACGGCUCCGGGACAAGAUGGGAAGUGAACACAGACGAAAACAAAGUGUUUGAGCUUCGACUUCGUUUGCCAUCUGACCUCCUCUGUAACCACUGUGUUUUCCAGUGGAAAUACCACACAGGUAACUCAUGGGGCACAGAUGACCAGGAAGAAUUUUACGGUUGUGCAGAUAUUCAGAUUAGCGAAAAUGGUGCCGUGCCGUCCACCACGACGGCAAAGCCUACCACUGGCACAACUAGCACAACAGCGUCAACUGUCAGCACAACCACUGCAGCCGUCUCCACAACACGUGUACCUACCAGCACAACCGCACCAACUACCACAAGCACAACUUCCAAGCCAAUUCCCACAUCAAGUGUACCUACCAGCACAACCACAUCAGCAACCAAAAGUACAACUACCAAGCCCAUUCCCACAUCAAGCAAGGCUACCACCACCGCGCCUGCAUCCUCAAGCACAACAACCGCCACUGUCUCGUCCAGCACACCGGCGGCAUCCAACUUGAUUUGUGUGGGCGUGCCACCAUAUAACACUCAUCUUGGAGUCAACGAGUGGUGUACAACUAGCUGUAAUGCUGUACCGUCGUACUGUCCCCCUACUAUGUGCAGCUGUCGCAGUCCACCGCCGCCCGUUGAAACGGAAAAAGAUGAUGAAGCAAGCUCACCCGAGACCGGCACUCCAGUUGAUGAACUGCCAGAUAAGGUUCGCUGUGUUGCCGUCCCACCUUAUGACAAAGAUGUCGGAAUUAACGAAUGGUGCACAACCAGCUGUAAUGCUUUCCCAGUGUACUGUCCCCCUACUAUGUGUGCUUGUUCUGCAUAACAUGCUUGUUCCAAGUAUACGCUCUUUUAAGUAAGCCGAUUAUGCAUGAAUCGAAAGAGCAUUGAAAUCGAAUCCCAUCAUUCCAUAUAUAUUAUUAAUCGUUGAAAGUUUUGACAAAUUUCAAAAGCAACAAAAUGGCUUGCUUUCAGGUAUUCUUGCAUAAAUGUAAGGCUUCUUAUUUUAACAUAAAAUUUGGGGAAGACAUUUACUUAAAGCAGACCAUUUCCGUCCUUAAACGUAGCUUAUGUUUGCAAUCAGUGCUCUGACAAAUCGUUUUCUCGUAAAAUUUGUGAGGGAUUUUUAAAAUUUUCUCCUUUUAUACAACUUAUUAAAUUUUGAAUAUGAUGUGAAUUAACUUUCUUAAUAUUAUU